AUGAAGCAAGCACCGGUUCUCCAUGCCCUUGUUGGUCUGCCCCUGGAGUCAGGCGAGAAUAUGUCUGGUACCUCCUCCGACACAUCCCACUCCCAUGGCGAGCAGAUCCCUCUCGACCCCUACGUCGCCUUCGACCUCUACUUCUGUGACAAAGCCAACAGGGCAAAGGCGGACGUUGAUGUCGACCCCGAGGUGGCGGCCGCCGGUCCCAAGAAGAGGAUGUUCCGCAAGUUCAGCUACCGCGGCAUGGACCUAGACGCUCUCCUCGACAUGUCCAGUGAGGACCUCGUCGGGCUCUUCCCAGCCCGCGCUCGCAGAAGGUUCUCGAGGGGUCUGAAGAGGAAGCCGAUGGCGCUUGUCAAGACGCUCUGCAAGGCGGUGAUUGAUGGUUCCCUUUUUACACUUGUUUGUAGUUGA